GCGGAGCGUGCGCAAGUGGAGAAGGAGGUUCCGGCAUAGCGCGUGCGCAGCAGGGCCUCGUAGUGCGCGGGAAAGAGGCGGAGCGAUUGCAGAUCCAGGUAGACCUUCCCAGUUCCUGGUAACGACAGAGGGACCUCGACAGCUUCUCUGGCCCAGAUUUCUCUAGGGAGAGAGAAAAUGAGUAAGAGGAAGAAGCUUCGGACCUCAGGAAGGGAAGGACUCCAUCUUCCGAAACUUCGAAAGAACCCAAGGAUAGAAGACUCUGACAGGGCCACCAGCCAGAGUUCCAUGUUAAACUAUUUGCAUCACCCUGAAGAAUCAGAAGGCGGAUCAGGACUCACUCCCUCUGCGGAGCAGAGUGGGGAGGAACCAGGACAGGCAGCCUUCAGCUCUCCUGAUAAUGAAGCAGAUGCUCCCUCCAGGCUCCUUGGGCAGCCGGAAAAGGAGCCAGUGCCCCUUGCUCCUUCCCAGAACUCAGUGGGGAGGUUCGUCCCCCAGUUUGCAAAACCCAGGAAGACAGUGACGAGACAAGCAGAGAGGAGGGCAGAGGGCCUUGGGACUGGGGUGUUCAGCUCGGGAACUCUGCCAGAACUCAGUGCACAGCAGACCAGAAGCCAGCCUCAGGAUGAGUCCCCAGGACUUGCCCUCCAGGAGGCCAGGGACGCAGGACACCAGACCCAGGCAGAUGGCUUCUGCACCGAGCCCAGUGGCCUGAGCCCCGUGACCCCUGGGCCCAGUGAUGUGGGUCCUCAGCCCUCUGUCUCCACCAGAGCCUCCCCAGAGUCGGGGAUGGUGCCCUCUGCCUCAGAGAGUGCUGGCCAGGACCACCUGUCAGAGCCUAGGACCAGUGUGCCCAAGGGUGGAAGCACAGAGGAGGGUUGGGCUCCAGGCAAUCACGGUCAGAAAGGGCCCCUGCCCGGCAGUGAUGCUGAAGAGACAGAGCCAGAGCGGGAAGCCCCCCAGCAGGGAGGUAUCCGAGGGCUAGCAGGGGCUGAUCUACUUGAGGGGCAGCGGGAGGAAGGAGGUAGCCUCCUGGGCCCUCCUCGCCCCCUGCAGACCCUCGGCAGGGAAGCAGAGUGGAGCUGGAGCGGCCCUCGGUGCCCUCCGCUUGGGACCAUUGUUAUUGCAGAUGUGAACACAGACCCUGCUGAGCCAGAACACAGGGCUCUGAGGGGGGCUGGGCCAGACGGGGAGAUCAGCGCCAGGGUGCCCACCUCACCCAGCGGGAAGGCGCCUGAUGCAGGUCACAGCAGGGCCCUGCUCAGCUGCACGACUCUCACUGGGGUGACUGGUGGAGGCAGAGGAGAGGCACAGCGGGAAGACGAGCCCCCUGAUGACAUCCUGGGGUGCUUUGCAGCCUUCCUGCCUCUACUUCAUGAGACCCAAGAACCCACACUAGGAGCUGGGGACCCCAGCCCUUCAGCCUUAGAAACGGGCCCAGAUGGUGGUCAGAGCCAGGUGCCAGGCCCGGAUCAGGAGGGCUUGGGAGGUGUGUGCUUGCAGCCUUGGCUGUCACAACCUACAGGGGAAAAGGCAGCUGAGCGAGGGAGCCCGAGCCACAAGCAGGACCUCAAGGGGCUCAGUUUGUCCCCCAGAGCGUGUGCUGCGCCGAUGGACCAAGAAGCAGUGGGCGGCCCUCCCCAGGAUGCUGGGGCAGGCCAGGGCAACCCAGACACCCCCACUGGCCCCGUAGGCCAGCCCUGGCGCCCUGCUGACUCUUCCAAGCAGGCCAUCUGGGAGGGGUCACCAGCCAUGGAACUCGACUUCCUACCAGACAGCCAAAUACAGGAUGCCCUGGAAGCCCAUGGCUUUGAAGCCCCACCGGAGCAGUCAUUUCCUGCAGGAGGCGAGCUGGACCCCUGCUGGCCUGGCACCGACCCACGUGCAGACAGAGGCUCCCUUGCUGAGGCCCAGCUGAGGACACGAGUGGGGAUCAAGAGCUGCGAAGCCGCCAGCAUGGAGGAUGCGACAGAGACUGUGUGCGGCCUGGUCAUGGAGCUCUCCAACCUGAACCGGCUGAUUAUGAGUGCCCACCGGGAUCUGGAGACCUUCAAGCGCGUCAGCUGCUACCGGAAAGCAAAGCCAGCCGGGAAGGCCCCCACACCCUACACCACAAAGGGGGCGGGGACCCUCGCCUGAGGGGAGCAGUCCUGGAAGGAUCUGUAGCCAGUUCCAAACUGCCUGGGCUUGUGCGGGUGUUCCUGCAAGCUCACUGGCCCCCAGAAAUGUCCUGCCCAACAGUGGGGAACAAUCCCUCUGCAGACCCUGUGUGCUCCCCCCACCCCGCUAUCUUGACUUUCUGACAUGCAGGUCCUGGGGGCCCCAGAAACCUUCCCUCAGCUGACCCGGAAGUCAGCUUCCCACGGGAAACACAAGAGGCCCUGCCUCUGUCAGCAGCCUCCCCUGGGAGCUGUGUGGGGCGGGGACCUGCUCCUCCCUGUGGCAGGCCUUCUGGGGCCCCAGGAAGCCAGCUGCUUCUGACCAAGGGGCCCAGGGCCGCCCAGAUGUUUAUCUGAGUUUGCAAAUUUCAGCUCCUUAGCUGAGGUUACUGAAGGUUCAGAAUUUGUUUCUUUCCUGGAGGAGAAAAGGGCUCCCUUUGUUGGUCAUACCCUUGUUUUUCACUGGAUUUCCAUUUCUUCUGGGAAGCCCAUUAAU